AUGAUCGAUGACCUUCAGGUGGCACUGGACAAGCAGCGCGAUAGCAACAUUCGUGCAGUACACAGCUAUGAAAAAUACAAUGAUCUUGAUACUAUCAAUGCCUGGUCUGCUAACAUCGCCGCUCAGAACCCAUCUCUGGUGUCUCUCUCUCAGAUUGGAACCUCAUACCAGGGGCGUCCUAUGUAUUUACUUAAGGUUGGAAAAAGUGGAACAAACAAGAAGGCGGUCUUCAUUGACUGUGGAUUCCAUGCUAGAGAAUGGGUCUCUCCUGCUUUCUGUCAGUGGUUUGUAAAGGAAGCAGUUAACAAUUAUGGCAGAGAUGCUCAGUUUACCAACCUCUUGAACAACCUGGACUUCUAUGUUCUCCCUGUCGUGAAUGUUGAUGGUUAUGUGCAUUCUUGGACCACAUACCGCAUGUGGAGAAAGACUCUCUCUGUUAACAAGAAUUCUGCCUGCCUUGGAACCGAUCUAAACAGAAACUUCAAUGCUGGAUGGUGCACAACCGGAACUUCUAAAAACCCUUGUGAUGACACAUACUGCGGUACUGCUCCUGAAUCUGAAAAAGAAACUAAAGCUCUGGCUGACUUUAUACGUUCCAACAUUGGCUCCAUCAAGGCUUACCUGACUAUCCACUCUUAUCUCCAGAUGCUGCUGUUCCCUUACUCUUAUACCAAAUCUCUUGCUAAAGAUCACAAUGAAUUGAAUACUGUUGCCAAGGGUGCCGUUUCUGCUUUGACUUCCCUCUAUGGAACUCAAUACACUUAUGGUCCUGGUGCAUCUACAAUUUACCCUGCUUCUGGAGGCUCCGAUGACUGGGCUUAUGAUGCUGGUGUGAAAUAUUCCUACACAUUCGAGCUGCGUGACAAAGGAAGAUAUGGAUUUGCUCUUCCCGAAAGUCAGAUCAAACCCACUUGCGAGGAAACUAUGCUUGCCGUCAAAUACAUUGCCAAUUACGUAAUGAAGAACGCAUAA